UCAUUGAGUGAUGUAUUCUAAUGAUAGUAGCCAUGCGGACAGUGUUCUCGAACACAAUACCCAACCUCUCUCAUCGUAUUUAAACGGGUCACGCAGUCAAGUGUUUAUUUAUUUAUCCCCUCAAUUGAAUGUUCUAGAAUGUAAAAACUAAAACACACCCUUCAAGGAAUCGACCUAAGACAGCAGGAACUAAAGAUUGAACUGGAAGGAAUAGCAAAGCAUGGCACAGGGAAGCCAGAAUAGAUUUCAACCUUAUGCUUGGUGGAAAUUCAGCUGCCCCAUAAGGUCAGGCAGGGGUCGUCUACUUAAAUUAAGACACUGCAGAGCUGGUGCAACAUAUGGCUUGGAAAAUGUACCUCAAUCCAGUUUAUUCAAUCAAUUUCCUCCGAAGUCGAACAUGCCGGUUGAGUUGGCCAUGCCGCUUUACCUGCCAAACGACAGCUUCCGCUACAGGAGGACCCCAAAACCACUACGACCGUGUCUGAAGCCCCGCAUGAUGUUCCAACCCGCUGCCCCUCCCAAGCUGAUUGAACCAGAAGAGGAGAAUGGAAAACCCAAAAGGAGAGUGUCCUUUGCUGACCACCGGGGCCUGGCACUCACAAAGGUGAAGGUAUUUUCGCAGUUUGAUGACUUCAUUGAGAUCCCACUCAAAAUUAGAUCGGAGAUUACAUCAGAGGUGUUCAACUCUGCCCUCAAGUUACCAGAGGAGGAAGACAAACUGGUACUGGACUUCAUCCAGCCCUCCUCUGACUACCUCCUGUUCCGUCAACGUCUGGAGACUGAGCUGGUCUGCCUGGAGCAUUGCAUGCUGAAAGAGAAGGCACUGGCUGGAACUGUGAAGGUCAAAAACCUGUCCUUUAAGAAGUCUGUCAAGGUGCGUGUGACCUUUGACUCCUGGAAGAGCUACACGGACUGGGAUUGCCAGUAUGUGAAGGACACCUAUACGGGCUCGGACCGUGACACCUUUUCCUUUGAGUUCUCUUUGCCAGCUGAGCUGAGGCCACAUAAACACGUAGAGUUUGCCAUCUGCUACGAAGUCAACGGUCAGACGCACUGGGACAGCAACCAGGGCCAGAACUACAGGAUCGUCUGGUCUGCACUGAAGAACGGUCGACAGGUAAGCUUGAGCAGUAACCAGCAGAGACACUUGAUUGAUGCGGCAAUUCAUUUUGAUCUCUAUGGAAGUCCCAGGUGUUCCCAUGGCAUCUUCCCAGAGUGGCCAAGUUAUGCAGGAUAUGAGGACAUUGGACCCUACUACUGAUGGUUGAUUGUUAGAAAAUGUUUUCUUUUCAAAAGUUGAGUGAAACAACAGAAGGCUAGUCUGGCUGUGCUUUAGGACAAAAGCAGUUAGGACAUGGAUGAACAUGUGACAUACUCAUUCCAUUGCAGGUUUGAUAAACAGGAAUAUCUCAGAUGUUAAUGAACCAAAAGAAAAACCUAAUUAAGAUCUCUUUUGUACUGGAUACAUAUGUUUGGAUGAGCCAUAGUUAACUUGACAGGAACUUGGAUAAACACUGUUAUGAAGAAAUGUGUGAUGCACAGAACACACAACGGCAUACAAAAUAACUGGAAGAAAAGUGUUUUUCAUGGUUGUCAAUCUUCCAGUGAUUUUGUUUUUAACAAAUAGAUUUGUAAUCAAUAUGUUGUACUUUCACAUCACAUUUCUUGCACUGACUUUUUUUUUUGUUUUAGUUGAUUUCUGUUAAGUGAUAUGACUUAAGAAUUGAUGUAGGGCUAGAAUUUGCACAAUAAGUUUGUACUGAGCUCAUUCUAUUAUGUGGGUGUUUGUUUCUAAAUCCUUCCAUUUUUUUUAAAAAAAGGGGUGGGAACAGCAGCAAUUAAUUUGGCUGGAACUUUAGAAAUGCACAUUUCUGUCUGCUCCUAAUGAUGGUUUAAAAUGUUUUACUGUGUUCACUAUGCUGCUCUAUGUAAAUAAGAAUAAUUCAUGUGUUUUUAAGGUAAGAAGGUAAAGUAUUAAGGAUGGAUUGUGUGUCAGAGAUCUAAUUAUAGUGUUUAAAGAGCCGCUGUAUACUAUUAAUGCUGGAAAUGUGAAAUAAAGAAUCUGAGAUAUUCA